GUGACUGAAGUUCUCAGCACUACGAAUACUUUUCCCUCAUUGCCAGGAAUACAAGUGUUUAGGGCCAUGGGAAACGUUGCUGCAGCCUGAGGUUGUCUUUCCUGACUCACCUGGUUACCUUUCCAGUUCGAAGGAGAAUUUCUGGAAAGCAGAGACCAGUCUAGGAAGUUACUGCAAGAGAUGCAGCCCUGCUUUCAGCAAGUGCCCACGGUGGGGACUGGUGGGAUGAAGAUGGUGCAGUCCAGAGCCAUCCUCAGCCACACAGCCCGAAAAGUAUAGCCUGUAUGGGAAGGACCUGAAGGCCAGAGCCUGGGAACUAGGAGCUCAGAAGCAUGUCGGGGAAGCCCAGGCUUACCUACUGUAAUGGAAGGGGGCGAAUGGAGCCCAUACGAUGGCUGUUGGCAGCAGCCGGCGUGGAGUUUGAAGAAAUUUUUUUGGAAACAAGAGAGCAGUAUGAAAAGUUGAUCAAAGAUGGAGUCCUGAUGUUCCAGCAAGUGCCCCUGGUUGAGAUCGAUGGGAUGAAGAUGGUGCAGACCAGAGCCAUCCUCAGCUACAUAGCAGGGAAAUACAAUCUCUAUGGGAAAGACUUGAAGGAGAGAGCCCUGAUUGACAUGUAUGUGGAAGGAAUAACAGAUCUGAUGCAAAUGAUUUUGAUGUUUCCUUUCUCUCCACCUGAGGCAAAGGAGAAAAAUCUUGACUUAAUUAAGGAGAGGGCAACUAACAGGUACUUCCCAGUCUUUGAAAAGGUUUUGAAACAACAUGGCCAAGACUUUCUUGUGGGCAACAAAUUCAGCUGGGCAGAUGUUCAGCUAAUUGAAGCCAUUUUAGCAGUGGAGGAGAAAAUACCUGCUGUGCUGUUGGGGUUUCCUCAGUUGCAGGCUUUUAAAAUAAGAAUGAGCAAUAUGCCUACAAUUAAGAAGUUCCUGCAGCCUGGCAGCCCAAGGAAACCCCCACCAGAUGAAUGUUAUAUAGAAACUGUGUUGAAGAUUUUUAAGAAAUGAAUGCCUUGCUACCUUCAGUGAGACCCAAAAUACUGGAAAAAAAAAAUCCAAACCAAAGGAAGUAGGAAGCUCAGUAAAUUAGUAUCGUUGUAGUUAAAACCAAUGGUAAAAAAAAAAAAACAACCCAAAACUGAAAUAAAGCAUUCUGAUUAC